UUGCGACCGAAUGAAUGAGAUCUCAAUUGCUUACAAACAGAGGGUUAAAGAUAAUCCCGUUUUAUCACACGAUUUGAGUACAACUUCUUCACCAAUUGAAAGAUCGGACGUCUAUUCAACGCCUAAACCAAAGAAACCAACGACUGGUCAGAAGAAGGAUAUUAGAGAUAAUAAUAUUCAAAAGAGUGAAUAUAAUUCAGAUUUAUUGGACAAAUUGAAUACAAGAUUAACCACUGAUUGUCAAGAAGUGGGCGAAGUUUUGCCAAAUGUCGGAAAUAUGAUGUCAAAAAUUCUUCUUAACAUUAGUGACGAUAAUGAGAUAAUAUGGGAGAAAAGUGUGGCGAAGACACCAGAAAGAAGUGUAAAUCGUUUUGUUUGUCACGAGUCUGUGAGGCGAGUGCUCAACGACUGGGGAACAGUUGACUUCGUAAAGCCGGAGCUCUUAGACAACAACGAUCCCAAAUCAUUGGACAUCAAAUAUCUAUCGCUGGGUUUCGUUAGAAAUGAGACCAAAGGGAAGUCAAUGUCUCCCAUUCUUACCGAAGCCAAGCUCUUCCACAGGCCGUCAGACGAUAUCAUAACCGACGAAGAGAUUGAAUGUCUGCGCGCUUUGAACUUCUCUAUAGUGGGAGUGAUGUUAAAUGAGGGGACGUUUGCCACGAUCUACGAGUCCAGACACGAGUGCGGUCUCGAUAUUGCCAUUAAAAGAAGUCUAGCGUUUGGACAAAGUUAUGCCGAAUUGAAUGCAUUCACAGCGCUCUCCAAACACGACAAUAUUGUCGGCUUCUAUGGCUUUCAAAGAAUCGGUUGUCGAAUGUAUUUAUUCCUAGAGUUGACACAAUCGGGAGAUUUGGCUCACUAUCUGUUCAAUGAGUACAGAGACGAAGACUUGUCCGAGAAUGAGAUCCAUGGCAUCUUCUCCGAUGUGUUCAAAGGUGUCCAAUACAUGCAUUCAAAGGGUUACAGUCAUCGAGACCUUAAACUACAGAAUGUUCUGGUGUUCGCCGAGAAGAAUGGAGUCUCACUUCGCCAUAAGUUAUGCGAUUUUGGAUCAGCUCGUGGAGACACCCGACUCACAGAUGAAAGUGUAAAACUGAGCACCACUUUAAUCGGUUUCAUUCAAUCAAAGGCACCAGAAGAGGCUAUCUGUGCCUACAAUCCAAUAGUGAGUGACAUCUAUUCAUUGGGAGUGAUUCUCUACCAAUUGUCACAUUCGGGUGACUUUCCCUUUGGUUUGUUUCAAAGCAACCAAAACAUAAAGAAACUGAUCGAGAAUCUCACUCUUUGCAAACUGUGGUCAAAUUCUAUCACUUAUUCGUCUUUUAUUUCCGAAGACUUGAGGAAUUUAUUGAAACGAAUGCUCAGUCCUUUCCCAAAAUUUAGGAUUACUUUGGAUGAGAUUGAAUCCCAUGAAUGGUUUGUCAAAGAAGACAGACCUUAA